AUGAUGCUCGGCGAAGACGUGCACCUGGACGACGUCGCCAGCAUCCAGCGGCCGGGCCUCGCCCAUGCGGCCUCGGUGCCAGCUAUGGCUCCGAGCAUGCUGCGCCCGUCGCUUGCGUACUCCAAGAGCCCGCGCCACGUCGGCGCCGUCGGCAAGUUUCGGUACCUCACACCGGCGGACCUCCAGAGCAGCACGGGGCAAGCGCCGUACGACUAUGUCGUGAUCGUGCAUCGAAGCGUGCGCGCGGUCGCGGACGAAGGCUGGUGCUGGCCCACGUCGGCGGCGGAGCGGCUCGGUUUUCGGCGGCUCUGCAUGGUGAGCAGCCCGCUCUUGGAAGACGGCGAGGACGAGCACCGGCGGCUCGUGGAGAAGCUCUGCGCCCAAGGCCUGCUCAUCGACAUCAUCGACGGCGGCCAUUCGUCGAGCAGCGAAAUGACGAGCGAGUAUCUCCUCUUGCUCGUGCGCGCGUCGGACGAGGUCGCAUCCGCGUACGCCAAGAAAUUUCGGCGCAAGCUCUGGCUCGACCACGGCGGAGUGAGCGACAUGCCACAAGACUUUGUCGAGGUCGAGAAGCCGAUUACGCCCGCCGAGCGCAUUGAAAUCGUCCAGUUUAUCAUCGAGCAGCGCGCGCGCCUGUCCGUGCGCGACCGCUGGAUCCACACGAUGCUGCCGGUGCACGACGCCAAGAGCACGCACGCGCUCCUCUCCAACUUCAUCUUUUCGAUCGACCUCGAGCGGCGCAACGCUGCGUUCGUCGAUGGACUCCGGCACAACUUUGGCGAAAAGGUCGCGUACUACUUUGCGCUCAUGCACUUUUACACCAAGGCGCUCUUACCGAUCGCGCUGGGCGGCGUCCUCAUGGAGAUCUUGCGGCACACGCUGCGUAUGACGACGUACAUGCGGCUCUUGCCGAUCUGGGGCCUCGUGGUCUCGGUCGUCUGGAGCUUCUCGUUCCUCAAGGCAUGGGACCGCCGCAACGCCGCGAUGCAGUUUGAGUGGAACAACAAGGUCAUUGUCAAGCAGAUCGAGUACCCGAACAAGGCCUUCCACGGCGAUGAAGUCCACGACUCGCUGAUUGGCGAGCCCGUCAAGGUCUACGCGGCAUGGAAGAGGUAUCCGAUCCAUGUGCUCGGCGUGCUCUUCCUCCUCUGCCAAACGCUGCUCAUGCUCGUGCUCGUCGCGCUCUGGGUCUCGAUCUACGAGAUGAUCAAGGACAAGUACAAGGCAUCGAGCGGGUUUCUCUCGAAACAGUGGUGCCUCAUCCUCCUCGAAGGCAUCGUCUUUGGCUUCUUUGUCGACGUGGUCCAGUGGAACCUCGUCGUCACGUCCAUGGGCCGGCUCUUCACGACGUGGGAGAACUACAAGACGGAAGAGGCGUACGAGCGCGCGCUCAUCACCAAGCUCUUUGGCAUGGACUUUCUCAACUACUUUACGUGGUUCUUCUCGCUCGCGUUCGUGUAUGUGAUUCCUGGCGCGGGCAAUGCGCUCACGAACGCCCUCAACACACUACUGUUUCACGACCCGAGCAACUGCUGCUUUGGCCCGGACCUGCUCUCGCCCUCGGUCUGCGCGCGCUGCCCGAGCGGUGUCGCGCCGUGCGUGCCGUGCCAGGGGUACUUUACCUUUGACAUUCGCCACGUCGACUUGAGUGCGAUGUUUGUGACGCCGAUCAUCGUGACGCAGCUCCUCAACAUCGUCGUCGGCGUCGUCAUGCCUCUCUUGAGCAAGCUCCAAGGCGAGCGAGCACGCGCCGCGGCCGACCGCGCGGCCCAAGACCGCGUGCGCCAAGGCGGCUCGAUGAAGAUCCUCGGGGCCCUCGACUAUGACGCGUCGAACGCGCACUUUAGCAACAAGGACCAGACGCGGUACCUCGAGUACACGGCGACGGAGAUUGAGAUUCUCAACCAAAAGGCGCGGAACGUGCUUUUUGAAAGCGAGCAGACGGCGUACGACCCGUACAACGAUUUUCACACGCUCACGGUCCAGUUUGGCUUUACGGUCAUGUUUUCGAUGCUGUGGCCGCCAAUGCCGAUGGCGUGCCUUCUCAUCAACCUGCUCAAAGUGCGCACGGACGGCUACCGCCUCUGCCGGACGCUCAAACGCCCGCACCCGCGCAAGGCCAACGGCAUUGGCACUUGGCGCAGUAUCUUUUCGGCGUUUGCCUACAUUGCGGUGCUCAUCAACGUGCUCCUCGUGUGUCUCUCGACAGGCGCGAUGGAGUUUUACAGCCCGACAUGCGUCCAAGAGUACGCGGAUGCGCUCGCGCAGGAAGGCAAGACGCUGCAGGACUUUGUGUUUGGGCCCAACUUUCACUGCGUGAGCCCGACGGUGCGCCUUGUCGUGAUCCUCGUGCUCGAACAUCUCUUCCUCCUCUUCGUCUACGUGGCCAUGCGCCGCGUGCCCAGCAUGCUCGAGAGCUGCGAGGCAGUGCUGCCGCUCACGACGACGAGUGCGCGCCAGGACGUGAAACCUCCGGCCUUUUUUCAGAGUCAUCCAGGGACGCGCAGUGCCAAGGGGCCGCGUCGACUGAGCAAGCCCAGUACCGAGAAGGCCGAGCUCGCUCGGCAGUGGGCCGAUACGCCGUGACGAGAUUCGGACGUUUACAUGUUUC